UUGGCCACCAGGGGCGACAGUAGCAAGUUGUCAAAACACAAGAAUUUCGCCAUUUAAUAAUUUUCUCCUGGUUUCUCGGUGUUUUUGUGUUAAAAUAAGCCUCCAGAUUGGAUUGUGAUGCAAUUUGCUUAAACAAUAGGUGGUGACAAUGAAUGGUGGGGUGAAGAAGCCAGAAUUACGCGAGUACAACGAUGAGGAUCAGCUGUACAGGGUGCUCCGGAUGUUCCUGGAGCCGGGCAUUCGUAUUAGCAAUGAUGUUUAUUUAGAAAUGCUAAUUACCCACUUGUCCGGAAAGAAUAAAAAUGCCUCAGAUUGCACGAGAUUCCUCAAAUCACCAAAGAUUCUCAAUUGGAUUGACCGAGCGCUCGAUCAGUGGUCAACAAAGGGGCUCCCAGAUCAUCAUAUUGUUGGCUUCACCCUGAGACUUCUCACCCUUUACAUUGAGGACCCAAAGAACUUUACCAGUGCCCGGGAGAAGCUCAUCUUUGACAGAAUUCACGAUAUAAUAAAUCAUCCUUCAACAACGCAAACGCCAUCAAUUCAACUGGCAAAUGUCAUCCUUUUGGCGGCAAUUGCAAAACACAACGAUGGUUUGGUGUGGAUUAAAGAGAAGAGAGCGUGGCUCAUAACAGUUGAUUACUGCCACACAGAUCGCACAGUUUACGUUGUCCGUGAAGCUUUGCUCUUCAUUCACAGCAUCAUUGGGAAGUUGUGCUUUAGCGAAGAUCGCAAGACAUGCAUUGAGAUUUUUGAGGAGAUUUGUAAGCCCUUGGAGGAGAUUAAGAAGAAGACAGAUCAGAGCCCAAUUGUGUCUGUUGAUGAUUCAGAUAUGCAGAAAUUUGUCACUCCAACUCUUCACAUUCUCGGGUAUAUUCUGUACAAGACAAUCAAGGAGAAUGAAUGUGGGAAGAUAUCAAAGUAUAUCAUUGAGACGUGUCAACUGGAAGGGAGUCUCUGGCGUCUGGCCAGUGUGACGCACAAUCAUCGUUUUCUUGGGAAACUCAUGAGAAUCUUUGUCCUGCUGAACUUUGCACAAGUUCAGGUGCGCCGGAGUGAGCAUGGGCAUGAUGAGGAGAAUUUCAAUGAGUUCGGAAUGAGAUUCUUCAAUUGUAUGAAUUUCUGCAUUACGCGUCGUAGUGGGAGUAACAUUCUCAUGAUGACCGAACUCAGUCAUAUGCUGUGGAAAUCUCUCAAUCCAGCACCACCAAUUGAAGUUGCCAUGGAAAAUCAGAAGAUCCAGUUUGAGGAUCAAUUUAUCGUACUGCAAAUAAUGCCAGUUAUCUUCAAAAUUCGCAAACGUCGCGAAGAUACGGCGUGCCUUGAUCAGUACAUUAUGAAACUGCUGAAUGUCUCAUCGGAGCACACAAUACGCCUCUGCUAUGCUUUCCGGGAUCUCAUGUUAACUGUUGAAAGUGAGACAGUUACGGAUUUUGCCUGUAAAUCCAUUCAGAGUAUCCUGGGGAUGAAGGAGGUCCUUACACGGGAGAGAGCUGUUAUUGUCUUUCAAGCUCUCAUCUAUUGCCUCUAUUCGGAGGAACCGGAUGUAAAUGGAUGCAAUCUGGAUCGACCCAAUAUUAUUUCCACCGAACUCUUGGUUAAAUCUCCAAACUUGCUGUCUUAUGUGCUAACUGGACUUCAUGGGCUUGUCAAGGAGUACAAGAUAACGUGGAAGGAAUGCUUGGAAUCAACAAUUGUGAUAAAUUUCAUGCUGGCCCUACUUGAGGAUCCAAAUCUAUCAUCACGGCACGUAGUGCAGGCUCUUCAGCUGACCCAGCUGUCAAUUGAGCAUUUCUUGGCACCAAAUCUGGCACUUUUGGUGGACACCCUCAAAGGCUCCGCUAUGGAAGGGCUGGGAAAGAUGAUCUUCAAGAAACUUCACGAUAAUUCCUGGGAAAUCCGAGAUAGUACGUUGGAGCUCCUAUCAGCAAUGGUUAUAAUUUCAGAACAAAAAUUUCCCGCUUUUCUGCAACAUAUUCUUGACAGCAAAUUGUGUCCAAUUGUUGGGAGUAUGGCGAAGAAUGAUAUGGAACCAUACGUACGGGCUACAGCCCUUCAUUGUAUGUACAAAAUGAUGAACAUUCCUGGCUAUUGGGAGAAAUCUCUCAACUCCUUGGAUCUUGUUUCCCACCUACUGGUGUGUCUGAGUGAGGAGAGUGAAGGUGUUGUGAGGAGAGAAGCUGUGUGCCUUCUCUGUUCCCUCUAUGAUCACCAAAAAGUGCCAAAGAAUCAACUGGAUGCAGUUCUUUCAACAAUGGCGCACUGUGCCGUGAAUGAUCUUCACUGGGAGGUGAAAAUCAAUGGGCUGCUGUUUUGGAGGAAUGUCAUACAGCGACAGUGUCAGCAUCAAGGGGUCAUUGAUGGGGUAUUCCCAUCGGUGACAUUCUCAAAGGAGAAUAAGAAGAUUGUGAUGCUCAAUGAGCGUGAGAUUUCUCUUCGAAUUGGACGUAUUCUCGAUGAAUUGUCCGUUCGUGGGUGCCUUGGGGUGCUGAUGGAGUGCCUUAAGGAUGACUGUGACCUUGCCGUAGUGAAGGUAGCUGUGGAAAUUAUUGAAAACCUCAAGACUUUCCUAUCAAAGUACAAUUAUCUCGAGGGGAAGAAGAGACUCGAGGAGGAGAGUAGAAGAGAUGAGCAUCCGGUGAUUGAUGUUCCAUACCAGAAGCCUCCGGCGAAACCGGAAGGAAGCAACAAUCUUGAGCGAAAUAAUGCGGAUGUGUGUCCCGCAAGCAAUUCAGAUGUUGUUAUUGAAUCCAUUCUCGAUGCCAGUGAUGUGAAUCUCCUGGCCAUAGCGUAUGAGAAUCAAAUGAGUGUCAAUGGGCACGAAGAAGAGGCUCCCAAGAGGUCAACAAUUAAUCCGGAAUUAUACAGGGAAUUCGCGAAAGUAACACCAAAUCAAUUCCUUUCAACGCUGCAGGAGGUUAACUUGAAUGAGUUGGUUAGAGCUAAAUCUGAGUGGAUUUCGCAAACAGAGAGCUUCAGUUCGCUCCUUGAUGACAUUCUUCUCUCCUUCAAGGAUAUCAAGGUGAACGAUGCAGAUUGCUACUGAAUUUGAUUUUAUUUGUGUCUCCACAUCAAUGCAAAACCAAUGCAAUGAGAUGAAUUUUAUUGUUACAAUUUGUGAAAAUGAAUUUACAAAUAAAUUUUCAAGGGUGAUAUAAAA